UACCUAUCAAAGAACCCAUAUCUACUCUAUUGACCCUCAUUUCACCAAAGGACCGCAAUCUUUUCGGAUACAGUGAGGUCUCCCAUCCCAAGCGCAGUAUGUGGCUCACACUGGUGGCCCUUCUGACUCUGUGUGCCACAGGGAGAAGUGCUAAAAAUGGUUCAGAAAGCAGUGCUGUGGAGGAAAAGCUUGUUAUAGCCAGAGGAAAACUUUUGGCUCCCAGUGUAGUGGGAUGAUCCAUAAAGAAGAUGCCAGAGCUCUACAAUUUCCUGAUGGAGCGAUGGGCAUUGUAUCAUAACCUGGAGUAUGAUUCAGGAGAGAAUAAAAACCCACGGCUGAUCUUCUACAACGAUAAGGACGAGGAAGUGAAGGUUGUUCCAGUGAAGAAGAUGAAGGCAGACGAGAUCAGCAGCUUGCUGGAUUCUCUGGGUUUCUAUAAGAGGUCACAGAAAGGCGAAGAGGUCCCUGAUGAGUUCAAACAUUUCCCUUUAAGAACGCCUCGGGACGAACUGUGACACCCGCUGGUCAGCGCCGGUACUGCAGCCAGCCGCAAAUGACGUCCAGGGUCUCAAAGUUCAGAAACAGAAACAGACUCUGGACCGACACACACAGAUGGCUGGAGGCAGUUUGGCGCACCACUGUCCUAAUCAUAGAGAUUUUACAAUAAACAUCUUUGGCUUGUA